GCCAGUUGUUUUGGGAGAAGAAGAAAAGAUCAGCAAGCGGAAGAAACAGCGGAUUUGGUUUCGGAUAAAAUUCUGUUUAUGGUCCUGGUGGUUUAGUUUUUGUUUUUUUUAAAAAUACACAUUUUCAACAAUGUCGACCCCAGCAAGGAGACGGCUUAUGAGAGAUUUUAAAAGACUUCAAGAAGAUCCUCCUACCGGUGUGAGUGGAGCACCAUCAGAGAACAACAUCAUGCUUUGGAACGCUGUUAUUUUUGGGCCUGUGGGAACACCAUUUGAAGAUGGAACAUUUAAGCUUCUGAUAGAGUUUUCAGAGGAGUACCCAAACAAGCCUCCCACAGUCCGGUUUGUCUCCAGAAUGUUUCACCCAAAUGUUUACGCAGAUGGCAGUAUAUGUUUAGACAUUCUCCAGAAUCGCUGGAGCCCAACAUAUGAUGUGUCGUCCAUACUCACUUCCAUCCAGUCUUUGCUGGACGAGCCAAACCCCAACAGCCCAGCCAACAGCCAGGCCGCACAGCUCUAUCAGGAAAACAAGAGGGAGUACGAGAAGAGGGUGACGGCCAUCGUGGAGCAGAGCUGGGUGGACGUCUGAGCUUCUGUCGCUCUCUACUCUUCUCUCCAUCAGCCUCUUCAUCAUCCCAGUACUUCAGUCUCUCAUUUUUACCUCAUCAAGAGAAAAAAAAUAAAUAAAAAACAGCAACUAUAUCAGAAGAACUCAAGUGCCACCCUGAAAAAAAAAAGAAAACAACCAAACCCAAAUGGACAUAAACUUGCUUGCCAACACAUUUUAGGAAAAUGAGAGAGGGGAUAUCAAUCUUAUUAGUGUUUCUUGUCUUUAAUUUUUCUUUUUUUUUUUAUUGCAUGAUGUGAAAUAAGUUAUUGCUAACAGAAUUUGUAAUAUAUCUUUGUUGUUUGGUUGGAUUGAUGCUGUUAGUGUUUGAGUUUUACAGACCUUUCUUUCUUUUGGAAACUUCCCCCCCUUUUUUUUUCUUUUCUUUUUUUUUUUCUUUCUUUUUUGUAUUGUCUGCUGGUGUGCACACAACUUGGCUGUUUUGGAAAGAGCACAUUGAUGACCAAAUCAGUAUAUUUGUGGAAAAACCCUGAAAAUGCCUUUCAGUCGGUAGCAUCAUUACUCUUCAAGUCAGCCGCAGACAUAGCUGAUAAAGAACAAUCUCUGCUCUGUUCCGGCAGAUCUCUGUUUAUUUUAAGAGACUCUGUAGGUUUGGGCUCACAGACGUCACAGGCUGCAACAGUGCCAAGUCUCCCUUGUACUGAUGAAUCAUGACUCCCUGGCUUGCCAUCUCUGAGAUUUUGUUUGAAUCAUUUCUGCUCUGAAGUAGGAGAUAAUGUUGGAGAGGGUUAUGAGGAAAGUAAAUAUUAACACCAGGAUGAGGCAGGACAGGCUCGGACUGUGAAUCCCCCGGUCCUCUCACCACCAUGUCAGUCUGUGUUAAAUGUAAUCAAAAUGUAUGUAGAGCACGGGAGCCCCAGAGCGAAGGAAUUCAUUGGUGAGUGGUGCUGCUAUAUCGGUUUAAUUAAUUCAAGUAAGAAACCUGUGAAUGUUUACAACGGCUAGAAUAUAGUGAUGAACAAUAUAGGCUGGAUCUACAUGGUGUUCUCCUUUUAGUCUUGGCUUUAGUGCAUAAUAAGAAAUAAAUAAAAUAGAAUGUAAAUGCAGAGGCGUGUUUAGAAGAAAAAAAAAAAAACUGUUCGCUCAUGCAUCCACAUGGUUUCCUAAUUUCCCUCGCCACAAGAAAGUAAAUGACUCUGAAAUCCUUUGUUGCCUGUGACGUGUGUCAGCCCGAAUGAAGUGUCAGUGCUUUUGAUCCUUCUCUUAAAGUGGCACAGCUGACAUGUAAAUUAACAAAUAAGCAGAGGAUAAAGGCAGCGCUGUCCGGCCCGUAUGCUUCUCCGCUCUAAAUGAGGGCAGUUAAUAAGGAAACUGUUGCAAAGAGCACACUCGUGUCAUUUUGAACCCUGUUACAAGAGUGUGACAUCGUCGGUUUUCCUCAAGGCUCAAGUUGUUUUCACGCCUGCGUUUGUCUCUUAUUUUUAUUUGUCCUUGAUACCCAACAAAAACACCACUUGAGCAUACAUCCAUGACUUAACCCUGCCCAACUGCAGCUAAAUAAUCAGUCAUCAUAAAACACAAUUCCUCUUUUCUUAGACAGUAAAGGUCAUAUCGUGGCUAGUGACUUAUUUCACCUAAUAAGCAGAAGGGAUAUGUUAUAAAAUUUUGUGAAUUAAACAAAAAAAAAUGUAUACUUAUAACAAUAUGCUGUAUAAACAUAAUAAAACACAUUUUUCAGACUUUGA